AUGAAUGAAUCUCAUGGUGUAAAAACACCAUUAGACCAAAAUCAAGUGUUAUCUAAACUGCAGAUACCAACUAGUGAGGAACAAAAGCUACCUGUUCCUUAUCAGGCUGCCAUUGGGAGUCUUCUUUAUGCAGCUCAAGCAACAUGGCCAGAUAUAACUUAUGCUGUGAAUUUCCUUAGCCAGUUCUCCAAUAAUCUGGACUGUAGUGCUGAUGUCCUUGGUUACAGCGACUCAAACUAUGGAGGUGAUGCUGGGGAUCGACGAUCAACCACUGGAUAUGUUUUCCUCAUCGGAGGUGGUGCAGUGUCAUGGUGUAGUAAGCGUCAACCAACCAUUGCAACUAGUACAACAGAAGCCGAAUAUAUGGCUCUUUCUGCAGCUACUAAAGAAGUCAUAUGGCUCAACAAAAUUGUUAAAGAACUUGGGAUUAUUACUGCAAAGCCAGUAUUAUUAUACUGCGAUAACAACAGUGCUUUAAUCUCAGCAAAAAUAAUGUGUAUCAUGGUAGAUCAAAGCAUAUUGAUAUACAACAUCAUUUCGUGCGAGAAGCUGUGA